UUUUGUAUCUUAUGCGGUGCCCUUCAAAUUCCAAUGAAUCAAUUAAUAAAAUUUAAAACAAAAAUGUGUUGCAUUACAUGUAGUAUAAGUAGCAUUCAUCACACAUCAUGUUUUUGCAUGUCCUGUGUUACAUUGCUUUCAACUUCUUGUGUUACUCAAUUUUGAGGCUAUAUUGAAAAAAUAAAUAUGACAAUUGAGCAACACAAGGAUGUUGAGAGUGGCCAUGAAAAUGGACAUCGAGAUUUGAAAGAGCCUUUCAUUCUUCAAAACGAGAAGGAUGCUGCUGUCGAAUUUCAAGAUAUUGAAUCUAAUAAAAGGGCGGAAAAUGGAUCCAUUGGAAUGGUUUUGCUUAGCACAUUUGUUGCUGUUUGUGGUUCUUUUUCAUUUGGAACUUGUGUGGGCUAUUCAUCACCCACUCAAGCAGCUAUAAGGGCAGAUCUUAAUCUAUCUCUUUCUGAGUUUUCCAUGUUUGGUUCUUUAGUAACAAUUGGUGCAAUGCUUGGGGCUAUAACAAGUGGUCGAAUUACAGAUUUCAUCGGUCGAAAAGGGGCAAUGAGAUUGUCAACAGGAUUUUGCAUAACAGGAUGGUUAGCUGUCUUCUUCUCAAAGGAUCCUUACUCACUUGAUAUAGGAAGAUUUUUCACAGGAUAUGGAAUUGGAGUUAUUUCAUAUGUGGUCCCUAUAUAUAUAGCUGAAAUAGCACCGAAAAAUCUUCGAGGUGGACUUGCAACAACAAAUCAGCUUAUGAUUGUUAUUGGAGCAUCAGUCUCAUUUUUAAUAGGAAGUGUUUUAAGUUGGAGACAAUUAGCUCUAGCAGGUCUUGUUCCUUGUGUUUCAUUGCUGAUUGGUUUGUGUUUUAUCCCUGAGUCUCCAAGGUGGCUGGCUAAAGUUGGCCGCGAAAAAGAAUUUCUAGUAGCUUUAAGGCGACUUCGGGGAAAGAAUGUUGAUAUUUCUAAUGAAGCCGAUGAAAUUCUUGAUUAUAUUGAAACACUUCAAAGCCUUCCUAAAACUAAGCUUAUGGAUUUGUUCCAGAACAAACAUGCUCGUUCCGUAGUUAUUGGUGUCGGAUUAAUGGUAUGUCAACAAUCUGUUGGAAUUAAUGGUAUUGGAUUUUAUACAUCAGAGACAUUUGUAGCAGCUGGACUUUCUUCAGGAAAAAUUGGUACCAUAGCCUAUGCUUGUAUGCAGGUUCCAUUCACUGUGUUGGGAGCCAUUUUGAUGGAUAAAUCCGGAAGAAGGCCGCUUAUAAUUGCUUCAGCAAGUGGAACGUUUUUAGGCUGCUUUAUGACUGGAAUUGCCUUCUUUCUCAAGGAUCAGAACUUAAAGCUUGAGUUGGUACCAAUAUUAGCAGUUGCUGGUAUUCUGAUAUAUGUAGCAGCAUUUUCAAUUGGAAUGGGACCGGUUCCUUGGGUAAUAAUGUCCGAGAUAUUUCCUAUACAUGUGAAGGGAACUGCUGGAAGUUUGGUAGUUUUGAUAAAUUGGUUAGGAGGUUGGGUAGUUUCAUAUACUUUCAACUUUCUUAUGAGUUGGAGUUCUCCUGGUACUUUAUUUUUAUAUGCUGGAUGUUCCCUUUUAACUAUUCUUUUCGUAGCAAAGUUAGUACCAGAAACCAAAGGAAAAUAAACAUUGGAAGAAAUUCAGGCAUGCUUGAAUUCAUAAAGAUGAAUUAAAGAGCUACAAACAAAGCUUAGAUGGAUAAAUUAUGGACUUGCCUCUUAAUUUUGUUACCAAAUCUAAGUUAUCAUCCAUGUUGGAGACAAUGCUGACAAUUAUAUAGCUGGAGGAAAUUGGUCAAUUAUUAUGUUGAGACUUGAGAAUUGUAACCAAAAAAUAUAGUAUUGAGUUUACCUAUGAUAUUAAUGCAUUGAUUUUUAUUUUUAUUUUUUUCCCGGCUUGUUCAAAUUUUUUUAUUUUUUUUUUCCCAAAAAAGAAAAGUAGUUAAUAUGAAGGCCA